UGGGGGUGUCGCACGCCCGGUGGUUCCGCAGCAUCCCCGGGACCGGGACUCGCUCCGUGGCGCGACCGCGAAGGAGCAGCGGCCCCGGAGGGGCGGAGCGGGGCUGUACCACCGGCGAGGGGGCGCCGCGCCGACCCCGCAGCCCCGGCGGUGGGCGGCGCAGCUGGAGCUGCGGGUGGGGGCUGAGCCCUGGCGGCCUCAUGCGCGGCAGCUGCCAUGGAGCUGCUCCGGGUGCUGCUGGCUGCCGCUCUGCUCCCGCUCCUGCCCCUUGGCAGGGCAGCUGUGCCACUGCCUACGCUGACCCGGCCAUUGAGCAUGGUGCUAGCUGGGCAGCGCCGGCAGCUGGUGGUGUGCGUGGUGAGCGACCUGGCCCCCAGCUCUGGCCAUGCCGUCUGGAUCUCCGGUGGGAGCGGUAGUAUCCUGCAGUCCUUUGCCUAUGGGGCCUCCCAGGAGGAUGGUGGCACCGUCUGCUCCGUCUCCCAGCUUUCCAGUGACCCCCCGCGCGAGAGGGAACUUGCCUGCCAUGUGGGGGCCAACAGGACCUCCCCGUCCCACAGCUCCCGCCCCAUCCGCAUCACGGGCAACGAGGAGGCAGCAGAGCUCUGUAGCACAGCUGUGUCACCGGCCCCUGCCUUGGCAGCGCUCCUUAUGGCUGUCCGUGUGGUGCUGCUGAAGGUCUUGCUCUCUGAUGCUGUCUUCACCUCCAUCCUCCUCGCCCAGAGCUGAGGGCAUGAAGGGCUUCGAACCUGUGUCAGUGCUCAGCAAAAGCUGCAGGGAGCAUCUGGAUAACUGGACUCAGCACUGAGCACUCCUCCUGGCAUGUGGGGGACGCUGCAGCACAUGUGGUGUGGAGGGGGACAUCCUUGAGAUCCAAGGGUCUGCAGGAAGGAGAGAUCAUCCCACCUGAGAAAUGGCCACAGUUGCCUCCAACCCCUUGUGCCAGCAGAGAAAGGAUUGUUCAGGAGGUGCACACAGGGCUUCUCAACGCCACUGGAGAAGCCACUUUGCUUUCUUCCUGCCUGCGGCUUCUCUCAACUCACAUAAGUGCCUGGGAGAAGACAUUGGCUCAUUGCUGUCAGACCAUUCCUGCUGAAGCUUGGCACUUCUCGUAAAGUGGAGCUCGAAGAAGAGGUGGCUCCUGACAAACAGACCCCACAGCACUGGACAAAGCUUUCUCCAGCCUCCUGAGACCCUCUUUUUGGGGGAGGAGUAGCCUCACCAUGCCUGGCUUCCAUUCCUCCCCAUUCCCACUUGUAAACCCCUGAGGUAUUUUCCCUGCUGUCUGUUUCUAUAGCUCUGUUGGGCUCUUUUUACAGAAGAAAUAAAGCCUUUUUUUUUUAGCUUUAUAAAAAAUAA